AUGAUGGUUUUGAAUGCGAUUAAAUUCGGUGAGCGGCCUGUCUGGCGGUCAACAUCCGACACCAUCAACAGCAAGGUGUUCAUUGCAAUUGUCAAGGAUGCUUUCGGCUACAACGGCAUGAGUCGGCGCCGAAUGGAUACUGUAAUUUUGCAGGACAAUGCACCGGUCCACCGCUCUAAAGAGGUACGAAUUCGAUGCCGCCGCUUGCAAAUAUAAUCUAACAUUUUAGACAACAACCACGCUCUCCGCAAUUGGCCUCCAAUCCAUUUUCAUCCCGGCCAACAGUCCCGAUCUGAAUCCUAUCGAAAAUCUUUUUGGAAUAGUCAAAAGAAAUUGGCACAAAGCUAAGAGGACUCUUUCAAUGCAGGAAAAAUUGGAUUUCAUACUCAAAAAUUACAUUUUACAAUCCAUCAUAGAUAACCUUGUCAUGUCUAUGCCGGACAGACUUUCUGCUGUUAUUAAUUCGAAUGGACAAUCUACAAAGUACUAAUUUUUUGUAUCUGUUUCUGUCCUUAAUUAUUUUUGACCUUUUAUGCGCCCUCCUCCUUUAUACGUCCUCAUACGUGGCCUUUAUAAACCUGGUUGUAAUAUAGGCGUUUCUCGAAAAUGUGACUUUUGUCGAAAAUUAUUUAUUUUUAUCUCAGCAAAUAAUAUUUUCUUAACCAAACUUUGCUUUAUUUCUUUGACACAUCGUUUAUUUUCCGCUAUCAGACUUUGGGAGCCGUAGUGUUUACCGAUUUUGCGUUAAAGUCGUUAACCUGUGUUAAUUCGUGACAUUUCAUGAGUUAGCACAGGUACUGUAGGUCGUAGUACAGCAUGGAUUGCCAUGCAUAAAUUAAGGAGCUAAAUGCACGUUUGACAACAAAUAAUUUGAGCCUCAUCAAAUCCAAAACAACGGUUGAUUGUGAACCCCAAAUCCUAGCCCACAAGGGAAACCAACCAAUCUAGUGCGUCUGUUGAGAGCCACAUGAGUAUUUAAAGCGUUCGGAUUCAAUGCUGCACUUACUGGCGUUGUGUUCUUUGGGGUGAGUUUGUGGAGCUGGUGAUAAAGGAUGUGCUUGCGUUUCGUUUAUACGUGGGCGGCUACAUGCUGUCUACAGAAUAAAAGAUGUAUCUGGUCAUUUACGCAAAAUAUAUUAUGGCAAUUUCAGAGAUUCUGGAGGUUACAAUGGAAAAGGUAUUACCUGGCGCAUUGCUCUUCGCUUUCAUUUGCCUCAGUGGUGCGUUUCGGUUCAUUUUGACUAUUACUGAUUUGUCAGCGUUCAUUUUAAAAUAAUUUUAUAUAUUAACCAAAUUCUCUUUGAGGUUUUCGCCAGUGAGUACACCACUGUUGGCGGAAAUGUAACCAAUAGAACAGAACUCACGUACACCACUAUAUCCUCUGAUAUGCCAUCAGGAAAUGCCACAGAAACAAACACAACGGCCUCUUUAGACGAUGCUGCAAUGAAUGUUACGGCACCUACGAAUAGCAAGAACACCUCAACUAAUGACACGAGCAAUGGCACAUCUGGCUAUUUGACGGGUACUGUUACUAGCCAAUUGUUAAUUGGUCACGGUAGGAACUAGUUAGUACAAAGUCUCUCGUAACAUUCUUGUGUCUUCCUAGUAGGUAAACGUCGGGACUUUUAGACAGACAGUAGCCGCCAUCUUUCAUGAAAUGUUAACCGAAAUUUCGAGAUGUGUUUUCGAUUAAAAAGUACAUAUAAACAGCUUUCUAAUAUUCGAACUCGCAUUGAAGUUUGCCGGGUUCGGAAUGAGCUUCCGUCUACCAGAUGGCAGCAUAAAUACUAAGGCAGUUUCUCACUGACGGUCACCCCAGAAAUGUAAUGUAAUUCGUGGGACCGAUUUUCAAAAAUACUUUUAUUUUACUCUAUGGUUAAACAUUGCGUCUCUUUGAAAUUAAAUUCGUUAACAAUUUGUGUCUUCAUGUUUAAGAGCCUUACAAUUGAUAUUUUUCAAACCCCCUAGUGCCACACAAUAGUGCAUUGUAUUUUGCUUUUAUUAACGCUGCUUGUAAUGUAUGUAAUAUGGUCGACAUAUACUGAAAGUUUUUGUCGGCCUUAUAUGAAACAUUCAUAACGUAAAUAUGCGUAUAUAUAUGAUUUUCCGAAAACAGAAAGUAUACAACGCUUAAAGUACGUUACCUGACACACGAAAUGCGUCGAAAUUUGCGAAUAAUCGAUAACCACUCGCAAGCCGAAACCAAUGCGUAGACUCACUAUCUAUGUGAAUUUAUAAACAUUUCAGGGAAAUUGAAAACAUAAAAGAAUUGUUGACGAUAGUGUUACGUUGUCCAAAAAUAAUAAGCUUGAGAAAGGCGGAAAAACGUCAAACAUCGUUGCAAAACACUAAGUAAAUAUGACAGCACGAUCAGAGAACCUCGAAAACAUCUUUUUAGUGAAGUAAAUAUUUAGAUGUCCUUUACUGAUUAGUUCAAUUUCGCGCACGGCGGUUUGCCAACAACUUCCAUCCUGGGUAUAAAUUCCACAAUGGUUUCCCGGGGAUUCGUGGUAUUCUAUAUGAAGUUGAAUCAAUUUAGAUGUGGUUCAAUAAAGUAAAUUAGAUUUCGGCUGAUAUUAUCGAUAGGGUCUUCAUAGAAAUAACGCUAUUCACAGGGAACGCGCUAGGCCGACCGGUGAUUAAUACAUAUAAUUUAAUUUGUCGGAUGGAAUCGUAAACAUACCAUUUUUUCUAUAUUGUGCAGUUUAUCUUCCGAAAAAUUAAUGUGCACUUUUCCCUGUUUUUUAAAAUGUUGAGUUACAGAUUAAUUUAAGCCGUUUGUUCAGUUCCUCAUGAUUUUAUGAGUUUUUUACUACAUUGCCAUAACUCUAGACUCUACAUUAUGCGUCCAUUAAAAUCAUUCGAAUAAGAUACUUCUUGAAGAUAUUUUUCAAAUUUGUAAGUGCUUUGACGUUCCCUUUUGUUCAAAUAGCCAAUUCGGUCAUGUGUGAUAUCAGACCAAAACAGAAAACCCCGUCUUCGAAUACAAUGACCAUCCACGACAAAAAUCAACAGCGAAUAUGCAUUCACACAGCUACAAAACAUUUUAUUAUUAGUCACCUUUUUAAGGAAUGCUUAAAUACCGCGUUCCGUUGGCAGAUGUCGGUGUAUUUUAUAUUUUUAAAUGAUGAAGCCAAGUCAAAACUCGAUACAACCGUUUAUUGCACGUUACAAAAAAUACCGAUAAUCUUUGUCGCAAACGCAAUAAAAUUCCUUUCUCUCUAUAUUUUGGACAAUUUCACUAUAUUUGCUCGCUGUAGGGCUCCGUUCUAUGAUUGGGAAUGCCCGGCAUAGUGAACGAACGAAUACUGAUAUUUUUUGGAAAUUGUUAAUAUUUUGCUCACUUCUUCGCUCACUAACAUAUGUGCAGAAAUCAGAUGACAAGAAAAUUGGUGCUUCGUGUCAUGUCAUAUCAUUAUUUGAAUGACAAAACACCUUUGUCCUAUUAAAAGAAAGUGUGGACUAUGUUGUUAAGACAGCCCGUUCGGGCACGAAGUCGCACAGGUUUGUUAAUCUGAUCUUUAACAAUCGAUAAAACGUACAACUAUCUGAAAAUAAAUCGCGUGUCCGCAAACCGAUUUUCACAGUUAUCAUGAACCAAUAAAUUUAUUUACUAUUAAAAAGGAUUUUACUUGACGCAUUGCUGCUUGCUUCUAUUUACCUCUGUGGUAUGCUCUAGUCCACUUAGCCCGUAGCUAAGUUGUCAGAAUUCACUUAAAUUAAUUUGGUCUAUUGACAAAAUUUCCCUUUUUUCGUCAGGAGCAUUUGCAAGUGA